AUGUCCCAGAAUAUUCCAUCUAACGGCUACAAACAAGGCUACUCCAAGUACACUCUUGCAACUCAGCAAUCACGCACAGCUGAAUCUUAUGCCGCUUUCCUGCUACCUCAUAUUGAAAAGGGUGACCGUAUUCUUGAUGUUGGCUGCGGUCCUGGUACCAUCACCACGGGCUUUGCCAAGUAUGUCAGUGGAGGUAGUGUCGUUGGCAUCGAUAUCUCAACAGAAGUCUUGCAAAACGCAAAGGAAUCGGCUGCUGAAGCCAAUGUUCCAACUGAAGGCCCAGGUUCUGUCGUCUUCGAGCAAGGAAACGAGUUUCGGCAGAGUUGGCCGGAUGCCGACAUUACCGAAGAGGUGAUUCAAGAGACGCUUGUCGCUAUAGAGAAGUGGGCCAAUGCAGAGGAUGCAUGGUACGCGGCUCUAAAGUGCGAGAUGCUUGCGUGGAAGUAA